CAGAAGAAGCAAAUAUGGAGAUUGAAAGACAACUUAAGAUUCUGAAUAAAUCAGCAAUCAGGACGAUAAUCACUAAAAUGGGUGAUAUUUUAGAUUGCAUCGAUGUCCAUAAACAACCUGCUUUCGACCAUCCUUUACUUAAAGAUCAUAAAAUCCAGAUGAAACCAAGUUAUUUUAUUCGAAAAGAAAACAUCAAUAAGAUAGAUCCAUCUUCCACAAAGGCUUCAUCGGCACAGAUUAAUGAGCUUCAUAAAGAUAUAGUGUGCCCAACUGGAACAGUCCCUAUACGAAGGAUCACAAAGCGGGAUCUGAUUUUUUCCAAUCUUCUGAAAAUGAGUAGAAAAAAUCAAACCAAUGGUUACCCUCGCAUCUCCACAUACCACCAUUAUGUAUCCGUGGAAACACCUUACGACGAAAAGAACGAAUACUACGGGGCUAAAGCUAGCUUUGGAAUACAUAAGCCAUUUGCAACUCCACAUCAAUUUAGUACAUCCCAAAUGUGGCUGCAGAAUGGGCCCCAAGAUCAAACUAACAGCAUAGAAACCGGAUGGGCUGUAUUCCCUGAACUCUUUGGAGACGUUGCUCCGAGAACUUUUGGCUACUGGACAGCUGAUGGAUACAAAGAUACGGGUUGCUUCAAUAUGCUUUGCCCAGGUUUCGUGCAGGUGCAUACCACGAUUCCAUUUGGCACAAUUUUGAAUAAUACCGUACCCGGUUCCGGAGAAGAAGUUAAAGAAAUAUUUUUCUGGGUACAUCGGGAUAAAGAGAGCCAAAACUGGUGGUAUUAUAUGGGCAAUGACGAUGAAACACCAAUCGGGUACUGGCCAAAGGAGAUCUUCACUCAUCUUCCAUACGCUUCAUUAAUCAAAUUUGGUGGAAUAGCUGGUGCAAAAAUACAUGUACCAAGUCCACCCAUGGGAAAUGGAAUUUUACCGACAGACGAUUAUGAUAUGGAACGAACGGGUUUUAUGCGAUAUUUGCAGAUCCUGGGGGAAAAGGGAGAGACCCAUUACUUCGGUAAUUCUGCAGUAACAAGGAAAGAUCUUACAAGACCUGAUUGUUAUGACGUUAUCUUCCGCAAGUAUGGUGCUGCGAAAAGACGUAAGCAUGGGUACAAUUCUAUGAUAUUUGGGGGUCCUGGUGGUGGUAAUUGCAUCUGAUUUUUCAUCAACAUAGAUAUGCCGUAGAAAAUGUUAUCUUUUCAGAAAUAAAGAUUGUGGUAUCAAUAAGAUUAAUGAGAACAACGUUGGCGAUCUUGUUAUGUGAUCAAAACUACUCUUAUAAUCAAGUAACUAUUAAUAAUAUUUGUUCUUUGGUUGUAACAAAACAAAAUCGUUUGCAACAGAAUCAAAACUUCUUAUUCUUCCUUUUCUCCUUUCCGGUUUACUCACCACAAUCUCAAUCAUAAAAUGAUUCAAUUGAAGAUUAUGAAGCACCUCCUUCCUUCAUUACCAAGAAAAUCUGAUUAUGAUGUUGAAGAGGAAGGAAGGAUAUAUGAUUGUUAAAGAGGAAGAUCGUAAAUUCGCUGAUCUGUUUUAGAUAUGUAUGGGUUUGACACAAACUCUAGCCGAGAAUUUUUCAAGGACUUGCGUUGUCACCGAUGAGUGGUAAUGUUUGUAUGGAUUGAAUGGUUUAUGAAUUUGUUUGGGAAAAUUUUAGAUGAAUAGUAAUUUUUGUGAGUGAUUGAAUGGUUUAUUGAUCAUGGGUUGUUGCCAGAAUUGAGAUUGUUGCAGGAACGGAGGUAUAGAAUAGCUUGGAAAUCAACCUCAAACUCAUACAUAUUUCAGCAGCACACAAGGCGUUUAUUUAAAUGCCUGAAUUAUCUGACUUUUACUGCCAACACUUGCUUUCAGCUAGCUGUGGAAUGGGGGUGGUAGAAUGGGUGUGGGAGUUACAAAACAUCCAAGGAGGUUAGUUCAGUUGGUUCUGAAAUUAAUGGGAAAAGAAGAAGAUAAUGGUAUUUACUUUGAAGUAGAGUCUAAGAAGAUGGUAUUAGUUCAAGAAAUGAUAAAAAGCACAAAUUCCUUUGAAGGAUGGCGACAUAAUCAACAUUGAUGUCACUGUCUAUAUAUGUGCGUUCUUCCACUUCUUUGGUUUGAAGUAAUACCAUGCUUUUGUCGCCUUAAUAGAGAGUUAGUGUCUUUUAGUACAGUGCAGGGAUUUUUCUAUGAUAGUUGAAAACACUUGUAGAUGGCAACUUUGCCAAUGCAAACAUUUUUCCAUUACUAUGAAGCGUAGAUUAUAGCAUUUAUUUGAACAGAAUCAAUAUUUAGACUGUUAUGUAAGGUGAUUGUUAGGAUAAACCUAGAUUUAUCCAAGAAAUACACAAGAUGCACCCGAGUGCAUAAUGGAUAUUUUGUCAAAAAAAUAGAUUUA